AUGUCGCGCGCGAAUCCCCCUAACCCCUCAGGCUCCCGAAAGAUUUCUUUCAAUGUGAGCGAGCAGUACGACAUCCAAGAUGUUGUUGGCGAAGGUGCUUACGGAGUUGUUUGCUCCGCGAUACACAAGCCCUCCGGCCAGAAAGUGGCCAUCAAGAAGAUAACCCCCUUCGACCACUCCAUGUUCUGCCUGAGGACUCUGCGUGAGAUGAAGCUAUUGAGAUACUUCAACCACGAGAACAUCAUCUCUAUUCUCGAUAUCCAGAAACCCCGCAGCUACGAGACCUUCAAUGAGGUCUACCUGAUUCAAGAGCUUAUGGAGACUGAUAUGCACCGUGUCAUCCGCACCCAAGAUCUGUCCGACGACCAUUGCCAAUACUUCAUCUACCAGACCCUGCGCGCUCUUAAGGCCAUGCACUCAGCCAAUGUUCUUCACCGCGACUUAAAGCCCUCCAACUUGCUUUUGAAUGCCAACUGCGAUCUGAAAGUCUGCGACUUCGGCCUAGCACGUUCUGCAGCUUCCCAGGAGGACAACUCUGGGUUCAUGACGGAAUAUGUUGCGACGCGAUGGUACCGUGCUCCCGAAAUCAUGUUGACGUUUAAGGAGUAUACGAAAGCUAUCGAUGUGUGGUCAGUUGGUUGCAUCUUGGCGGAGAUGCUAAGCGGAAAACCCUUAUUCCCCGGCAAGGACUAUCAUCAUCAGUUGACCCUGAUCCUUGACGUUCUUGGAACACCAACGAUGGAGGACUAUUAUGGAAUUAAGUCGCGCCGCGCGAGAGAGUAUAUUCGUUCGCUCCCCUUCAAGAAGAAGGUGCCGUUCCGAACUCUUUUCCCCAAGACGUCUGAUCUUGCUCUCGACCUCCUCGAAAAGCUCCUCGCCUUCAACCCUGUUAAGCGCAUCACAGUCGAGGAUGCCCUCAAGCACCCCUACCUUGAGCCUUACCACGAUCCUGAUGAUGAGCCCACCGCGCCGCCUAUUCCGGAGGAAUUCUUCGAUUUCGACAAGCACAAGGACAACCUGAGCAAAGAGCAACUGAAGCAACUGAUUUACCAAGAGAUUAUGCGGUGA